GAGGGAAAUCGUUUCAGUGCUGUUAGAGGAGCGCACAAAAAAAUAAAACGCGCAGAGAAAGCUGAGAGCAAAAUUCCUGGUGAUAUUGCUCAGUCUGAUAUUCUUGCUAGCAGAGAUGGUGAAGUCGACAAGGCUAAAGAGGAAGGUUUAAGCGGGCAGGAUAUUCUGGACAAAACUGAUUGA